AAUCUAUUCCUCCUUUGUCUCACUACUCAAAUUCUAUUUUGAUUUUCGAUCCAGAGCUCAUAUCGUUUUAUCCUGCCGGGCAUUUGAAGUGGGAAAAUCAAUCAGUCCAAGAAGGAUCCCAAGCCCAUGUCGGCACUCUUCAAUUUCCAUUCAUUCUUAACGGUAGUGCUAUUGGGAAUCUGCACCUGCACUUACUUGAAGAUGCAGUUUCCAGCAAUCCUUGAACAGAGAACUGGGUUCCGUGGUUUCUUUUGGAAGGCGGCCAGAAUAGGUGAACGGUUAAGUCCCUGGGUGGCUGUUGGUUGCUUCACAAUGGGCGUCUCAAUAAUAUUUUUCUGAACAAGGAGCACACCGUCUAAUUGUUCAGAAGAGGGAUUUGGUCUUUGCCAUGUGAGCAAAUGUGCCGCUUGCUGAAAUUUAACAUGUUCAAAAUGUUUGAAUUAUGGAAGAGUUUUGUUAACUCUGUUGGAAAAAAACUAUAUAAAAACUUAUUCCAAAAGUACCUGAGCAUUCUUUGGCUGAUUGUUGUUUAUUGAUUAUAAU